GAUAAGUUGUUGAUUGUCACAUGGAAUGAGUCAAAAUUCAAAGUUCUUUGUGAAAAAUUAAUUAAGAUGUCAAUUUUAGAUGUUUUGAAUGCUGACAAUGCUUCAUUUCGUGUAUUUGUAACAUGGGGAGGCUUUUUGUUGAUUAAAAUGUUGUUCAUGUCAAUCUUAACAGGCAUUCAGAGAGGACGAAAAGGUGCUGUUGAAAAUCCUGAAGACCUUGGUCGUCAGGGUGUUUCAAUUAGACAAGAUGAAGACGUUGAAAGAGUCAGACGAGCUCAUUUAAACGACCUCGAAAACAUUCCGGCAUUCCUUGCUGCUUCAUUUAUUUAUAUCAUGACAGAACCUAAUUUUCUGGUGGCAUCUUGGUUGAUUCGUGUGGGUGUAAUCGCUAGAAUCGGUCACACAAUUAAAUUAAACUGUUGUGGAGUUAUUGAAAUUCAUUCAUUGAUCAUGACGGUUUUUGAUGCUUUGAAUUACAAUAAUCAAGUUUUUUGUGGAUACAUCACAUGGGGUGGAAUACUUUUGAUUAAAAUGCUUCUUAUGGCAUUUCUUACUGGCGUUCAAAGGACAAGGAAAAGUGCCUUUGAAAACCCUGAAGAUCUCGGUUCACGUGGAGAAACUGCAAUUAAGAAGGAUCCCGAUGUAGAAAGAGUUCGACGAGCUCAUUUGAAUGACCUUGAAAACAUUCCAGCGUUUCUAUUUGCUGCUUUGUUCUUUGUAUGUUCGGAACCUCAUCCUGGCGUUGCCUUAUGGUUGAUAAGAAUUGCAGUAAUCGCAAGAAUUUUGCAUACAAUUGUGUACGCAAUUUACCCGAUUCGACAACCAGCAAGAGGAAUUUGCUUUUUGACAUGCUUGUUCAUAACAGUUUUCAUGAUUGUUUGGAUGACAGUGUCGGAUGCAUUGAGCUACAAUAACGAAUUGUUUCGUAUUUAUAUAACAUGGGGUGGACUAUUGAUGAUAAAAUUACUAUUAAUGGCACCAUUCACAGCCUUCCAUCGACUCCGAAGUGGAGCUAUUGAAAAUCCUGAAGACGUUAUUCGCUCAAAUAAUGAAAUUAAAAAAGAUGAGUCGGUUGAAAGAGUAAGACGAGCUCAUUUGAAUGACCUUGAAAACAUUCCAGCGUUUCUUAUUGCUGCGUUAAUGUAUGUGAUGUCAGAACCAGACCCUGACGUCGCCAGUUGGUUGAUCCGAAUUGCUGUUAUCGCAAGAAUAUGUCACACUCUUGUUUAUGCAGUCUAUCCAAUCCGACAACCAGCAAGAUUUAUUUGCUUCAUAGUGACGGUACUCAUCACUGCUUUUAUGAUUCUUUGGUCGAUGGUUCAUUUCUUUAAGAUUUAAAAAUAUUUUCUUGUAAUUUUUGUUCAGUUUUCCUACAUUUUAAACCUCAGAUAUUUAUUUUCUAUUUACUUUAUGUUUUGUUUAUGGAAUCAAUUUUUGAAUAAAACAUGACUUUACAAUAUUAAUAUAAAGAAACAA